AAACAAUAGUCACAUGAGUCUUUAAACAGAGAAUCCUUAAAAACGAACAACAUUUCCGACGUUCAUCCUACUAACUUGAAGACAAGACGUACGACAUCUCAUCAUUUCACCAUGAAGUUGCUGGUGGUUGUUGUGUUCUGCUGCAUGGUUGGUGCCUCUUUCGGGGCAGCUAUCGCGUCUGUCGAGUGUCCGAACGGGGAUCACAUUGUGAGCUGUUUUGUUAACCCCUGUACCUACACCCAGUGUAGGGACGGAUAUGAAUGCGUUGCCAACUACUGUGGCGGGUGUAAUGCCGUGUGCGUCCCGGCUCAGCCCCUGAUCUCUGACAACGGAUGUCCCCCUGGCGUUCAGGAGGUGAACUGCUUCGCAGACCCCUGCUUGGCGAUGUUGUGCGCACCUGGAUACGUCUGCAGGUCUAACUACUGCGGCGGCUGUAACGGAGAGUGUGUCCUGCAGGACGGGUUGACUAUUUGAACUGCCUGGUGGAUAUUUACAUAUCUACAGCAGAGGAAGAUCAACCAAAAUGACAAAUAAAGAAGGUCUCAAACGGCA